AUGGAGGAGUGGGCUGUGCUGAAUCCUUCUCAAAAGAAGCUCUACAGAGAUGUGAUGUGGGAAACACUUAUGAAUAUGACCGCUAUAGGAACAACCUGGGAAAACCAGCCAAUUGAAGAAGAAUACAAAAAUUCCUCAAUAAAUCUAAGAAACAAAGAGGUAGUGAAAGUCAAUCAAAAUAAACCUUGGAAUCAGCAUGGAAAAGUAUUCCUUUAUACUUCAGAUGAGAAGGUGGAGAUGCAACAGGUUGCUCUAAAGCCAGCUGAAAGUCUUGCUUGUGAAAAGCCCCAUUUGUCAUUAAACCUGUCCAUUUUACCUCACACUGGACUGAAGCCACAUGAAUAUGUGAGAUUUAAUGAGAAGUUGUGUAACUGGAAUGAAGAUGGAAAAACCUGCAGGGAUUUCCAGUCCUUUCAGAAGCAUGCAAGAACAACAAAGAAACCCUAUGUAUGUGAGCAAUGUGGAACUGUAUUUGCUGAUAAGCCUGCAUUUUACAGACAUGAACAAACCCACACAGCUGAGAAAGCCUAUGCAUGUAAGCAAUGUGGGAAAGCAUUUACUACACGGAGAUAUUGUAAAAUACAUGAAAGAAGUCACACUAGGGAGAAACCAUAUACAUGUGAAAGAUGUGGAAAAACAUUCAUUACACGAAGUUAUUGUAAAAUACAUGAAAUAAUUCACACUGGUGAGAAGCCAUAUACAUGUGAGAAAUGUGGAAAAGCAUUCACUACAGCGAGUAAUUGUAAAAGACAUGAAAGAAGUCACACUGGGGAGAAGCCCUAUACAUGUAAGCAAUGUGGGAAAGCGUUUGCUAGAGUGAGUGAUCAUAAAAGUCAUGAAAGAAGGCACAGUGGGGAGAAGCCAUAUACAUGUAAGCAAUGUGGGAAAGCAUUCACUUCACUGAGUUAUUGUAAAAUGCAUGAAAGAAAUCACACUGCCAAGGAACGGUAUGUAUGUGAGAAAUGUGGAAAAGCAUUCACUACACUGAAGUAUUGUAAAAUACAUGGAAGAAUUCACACUGGUGAGAAACCAUAUAUAUGUGAGAAAUGUGGUAAAGGAUUUGUUGAUAAGUCUGUAUUUCAUAGACAUAAACAAAGCCACACAGGUGAGAAACCCUAUAUAUGUAAUCAAUGUGGGAAAGCAUUCACUAUGCUGAGUUACUGUAAAAUACAUAAAAGAAGUCACACUGGUGAGAAACCAUAUAUAUGUGAGAAAUGUGGUAAAAGAUUCACUACAGUGCGUAAUUGCAAAAAACAUGAAAGAACUCACAAGGGGGAGAGACUGUGCAUGUAA